AAAGUGAAGUUCUUGGUCAGAUCAUAAAUAAAUAUUAAUAAUCUCCGAGCUGAGCCCAGCGCGUUAGGCUCGAGAUGCCUGAGAUUUUUGAAUGACCGAUUGGUUUAAAACGUUUUAACUAUUAGAAAUGUCGGUGUAGGUGUGCAUCGAUCCUCUUGUAUUUAGUCCUGCAGACACACGUUUUUAUUCCGUUUAUUUAUUAAUGAAAUAAUCUCCUGAUAAUAAUAUAUCUGGAUCUACAUGUUAUCUUUUCAGUGUCAAGAUGCUGAAGGCUGGAUUCAGAUCAUGGUUGCCAAUUUUGGAUGCAAAUCUUAUUAAAAUAGUGUCCUCAAAGACAAUCAGACUUUUACAUUGUAUCAAACAUGAUCCAGCAGCUAGCAAUUUAGUGGCAGGUGCUCAGCCUCAUGCUUCUGUUUUAAGAAGGACUUCUGUUUUGAAAAGGAACUAUGUUGGCUUGGUUCAGAACAUUCAACAUAUGUCAACCACAUCUGGAAAUAAUAAUAUUAAUAUUAAAAGACAAAGUUUCUGUGAUAUUUCCAACGAAUCGGUAUGUUUGAAUUGUAUACAAAGGUGGAAGCUCACUGCAAGAACAAUAGGACAUAAUAACAAUCUGGAAUCAAGCCUUCAUCUAUGGAGAGAAUUAGGACAACGUAGGAAUUAUGUCACUAGUGCCAAAAUCGGAAACCUAGAAACACCCAAAAUUUCUCUAAGAAAGCUUAAAAAGUCAAAACUAAAGCCAACUCCAGAGGAGGACCUUCACCACAAUCACGUGGUAGCGUACAGUGUGGCUAACAGCCUGAACCUUGACACGCUGGCGGAGGAGAUCAUUGCUGAGGAUACGUACACCAUCGUCCAGGUGCCAGCAGAGUUGAAGGAGGACAUGCCAGACGUGGUGAUGGUCACAGCCAAGUACAAGUUUGAGGGGCAGAUUAGGGAUGCCUUCUUCUUUAGGAAUGGCAGCAUUGCUUUGUGGACCAUGUCAGAAUCCGAGGUAAGGAAUAAGAAGCAUGAUUUGCUGUUGCUUGCCCGUCGUCAUUCCAUCAAGCCUCACAGUCACAUUCUGAUGGAACAGGAGGCAGAAUCCAUCCCUUUACACUCUGACAGCGUGUCUAAGCUAGUGAAGGGGACCAUCCAUGUACGUCCACUGGCUGAGGGUGGGGACAUCGAGGAGGGCCUGAUUCUAGAGAAGUUUGCCUUCUCUAAUGCUAUGGCUCAGUCAGUUACCCUAGCCAUAAAUGAGAGUAAAUUGGAGGACUUCAUUGAAAAACUGGAAGAUGAAACAGAGAAACUGCGGGAUGGUAAACCAUCAGACCUGAAGAAGCGAGACAUCAAUAUGAGACUCGGAGAAGUAUUCUAUCAUAGACAUGAGAUCAACCUGGAGUCUGGUUUCCUGGAUACACCGGAUGUCUACUGGGAACGCGAAGACCUGGAACCACUCUACCGUGAAACAUUCAACUACCUAUCUGUGUCCAAACGUAUCAAGGUUUACAAUGAGCGCCUAAGCUACUGUUCGGAGAUCCUUCAGCUGUUAAGCAGCCAACAGAACGAUGCACACCAUGUGAGACUAGAGUGGAUCAUCAUCAUACUGAUCCUCAUUGAGGUGAUGUUUGAGUGUCUCCAUUACGCUGAGAAGUUUGGCUGGAUAAGAAUUGGUCCCACAGAGAUGGUUGAAGAUCAAACAAGGGGAGAUGAUAGCUCAUAGGGAAUAAUGUUUCCACAUUUUCUUUUUCUUUUUACAUUAUACAAAUUUAGCUUGUCUUAUAAUGGUUAGAAAUGUGGUAUUGUCAUAACUUGGGUAUCAUUAACAUCCCUGUCAUGCAAACUUUAAUGUUGACAUAUUCAUGUGUUGUACUUACACAUAAUAUAAUGUAUAAUGUGUUGCUAGUACCAUCACCCUGGGUGAUUUACUUGUUAAGUUAUGUCCCUUGAUUAAGGAAAUUUGGACUUGGGUUGAUGUUCCAUUUAAUGUUGUUGUGAAAAGAAGUGCCAUUUUGCAUUUAUUUAGUAAACAUUUUUAUAUAGUAUUGUUUUGAUGAGUUAUUUUUGGCUGCUUGUUUAUGUUUUAUUCACAUUGUAGACUUAAAGAUGUUAACAUGUCCAGUAGUUAAUAAUUGUUUCGAGUUAUUUAGUGGUAUUUUGAAUGGUGUAAACCCUCUCCCACUUGCAUACCAAAUACUCCUUCAUUUUCUACCCGAAUUCUUGGUAACAAAUAAUAUUGAACGAAUUUGAGAUAUUGCGUACAGAAGAAUUUAACGGUCAGAAAAAACAUUUUUGGCACACUUAUGGCCACAUUAAUAUUUGUGUUCCCAAUAUUGAAACUUGGUCUUGGCCAGAAUGUAUCUCGAUGAAAUUUAGAUCAAAUUCAGUUGUGGGUCAUAUCAGGGAAAAAAAUCACGGGGUCAAAUUUCCAGAAACCUUUAACAAAAAAAAAAAAUUGGUCCAAAGAUUGUCUGUAUAAUACAUAGGUCAAAUUUAAAAUUGAUUUAGGUCCGUCAAAAAGUAGGUCGUACUAGGUCACAUGAUAUUGCAACCCCUAUUGAUGUUCUAUCCGA